UUGAAAGGAAAAAAAAGUUAUUUCCAACAGAAGCAUAAAUUCAUCAUGGCGGGCUCAGUUGCUGGAGGUACUGAUGUAUGGCGCAUUACAGCUGAGGAGAGGGGCAAGCAUGAUGCACAGUUCUUCCAACUGAAACCAAUAAAUGGCUUCAUUACAGGAGAACAAGCAAAAGGAUUCUUUAUGCAAUCUGGAUUACCAACAUCUGUGCUGGGCCAAAUUUGGACCCUAGCAGAUGUAAACAGUGAUGGAAAAAUGGAUAAGAAAGAAUUUUCAAUGGCUAUGCAUUUAAUCAAGAAAAAAUUACAAGGCUAUGAAUUACCAAAGAAUCUUCCAGCGAGUUUAAAAGCAGACCCCACCGUUGUUGUUAAUACAUUUGGCAUGGCUCCACAAAUGGCUCCUGCAAUGACGCAGCAAAUGACGAUGGGUAUGGGAAUGCCUGUUGGUAUGGGUCCCACACCCAUGAUGAUGACUCCUUUAUCAAUGAACCCAGCUACCAUGACCACCCCCGUAUUGGCUAAUGGGGUUAUGAGUGCAGCUCCUGCUCCUGUCUUAGGUCAACCUCCCAUCAUGUCACCUCCAGUUGAUGGUCAAGUAAGGUCAGGAUCAUUUUCUAUGAAUCAAAGUCCUGCACCUUCUCCUUGGGUUAUUCCUCCUCAAAAUAAACAGAAAUAUAUUCAGAUGUUCGCUACCCAAGAUCGGAAUAAACAAGGUUUUAUUGCUGGAGUUGAGGCUCGACCAUUACUUCUUAAUUCUGGGUUACCACAGCCAGUCCUUGCACAGAUUUGGAAUCUGUCAGAUGUCGAUAGUGAUGGAAAGCUUUCCUGUGAUGAAUUUUGUAUUGCCUUGCAUCUUAUUGAAGUAGCCCGUACUGGACAACCAUUGCCAAACAAACUACCCCCAAGUUUACACCCUGGUAACAUGAGCAGAGGGAGUCGAUCAAGUAGUCUGUCAGGACCCAGUGGCUCCCAGCCUGGCACCCCUGGUCCUCAGAAAGAUGCAUUUAGUGAUUUACUUGGUCACAUGGGAAUGACUCAGUCACCUCCACCAUCAGCCAAUGGAGAAGGAAAAUUGGAAGAAUUAGUGACAUUUGAAGAUCGAAGAAAAGAGAACUUUGAAAAGGGCCAAGCAGAAUUGGAAAGGCGUCGUGCAAUAUUACAAGAACAGUUGAAACGCGAGGAAGAACAACGUUUAGAGAAAGAAAGAAAAGAACAUGAAAAGAGAGAGCAGCAACGGCUUGAACAAGAACGUAAACGACAAAUGGAAUUAGAACGACAAUUGGAAAAACAGCGUGAAAUGGAGAGAGAAAGAGAAGAACAAAGGAGAAAAAUGAUGGAACAAAGAGAGGCUGCCAGGCGAGAAUUGGAACGGCAGCGACAAAUGGAAUGGGAGCGGCAACGUAAAGAACACCUCUUGUCUGAGAAGCACCGUGAAUACGAGCAGCUGGAGACACUAAAAUCACAAAGUACCAACUUAAAGUGUGAACUAGAAGCUUUGGAAGGGAAAAAAAUUGAAUUGGCCCAAAAAAUUACCCAGGUGCGCAAUGGAGUUGCAGAUUUUACUACAAGCAUUGAAAGAAUGCGACAGUCUCGGGAUUUAAAAUUGGCAGAUAUUGAGAGAUUUCAGUUACAAUUACAAGAUCUCAGCCAGAAAUAUUUGUUAUUACAACAACAGAAAGAGCAGCUCAAUCUCAAAGUUGAAACUGCUGGAUCUACUCCAGCUUCUGCGAUGCACCGGACUUUGUCGCAUGGAGUUGAAAUGAAAAAGAAUGCAAUUGAAAAACUGAAACGAGAAUUAGAUGAAAUGGAAAAAGAAGCUAAACUGAAACUUUUGGACAUUGAAAAUGCAACAGCAGAACUUAAUGGUCUCAACAGACAAGUGACAGAAUUACAAAGUGAUUUGAUGAAGAAACUCCAGCAAAAGAAAGCUGUAUCUAAGCAUCAACGACCCGAUAAGUUAAAGGAUGGAAUUCAGAGAAGUAGCCUUGAAGAACCUAUUCAAGAAAUUGGUGAAAACAAACAAGAAGGUUGGUUCAAUGCUGACUUCAGUUCCAUGCCUAACAAUGAACAAGCAGCGGUGGACAAUAAGAAUGUGACAUCUGAAGGUGGCUGGGAUGCUUUCGGCAAUCAAACUGCAGAUAAUCAAACUAACUCUCAGGAUACUUGGGCAACUGAUACCACCACAACUACUAGUACUCUCUCUAGUCAACCAACUUUUGGAAAAAAACAACAGUACAGAGCUCUUUACCAAUUUGAAGCAAGAAAUCAUGAUGAACUUUCCUUGAAUCCUGGUGACAUUAUUAUUGUAUCAAGUGAUCAGAAUAGUACUGAGCCUGGCUGGAUUAGUGGUGAAAUUGAUGGCAGAAGUGGAUGGUUUCCUAAAGACUAUGUUGAAUAUAUUUGUGAUGUGGAAGAAUCUGACUUAUUUACAAAUGGUCAACAACCAGCAAGUACUUUAUCAGCUUCUGAGGAUUCAUCUUUUACUGCUGUACAGUCUCGAGCUGUAACUGGUUCUCCUACUCCUGGGCAGGGUAUGGCUGCUCCAGAAGGUUUACAGGCUGUGGCAUUAUACCCUUGGAAAGCAAAGAAAGAAAAUCAUUUGACAUUCAAUAAAGGUGACACUAUCAUCGUGAAAGAACAGCAAGACAUGUGGUGGUCAGGGGAACUCAAUGGAAGGGAAGGUUGGUUCCCUAAGUCAUAUGUGAAAUUGAUCGGUACAGGUGUUGCUAAACCUAGUCAACAGACUGAAGUCACCACUGAAGGAAGUGGUGUUGAAGAAAAUCAGUCGACUAAUUCUGUGGAGAAAAAAUCAAGUUUGGCAGUUCAAUAUGUGGCAAUGUAUGAUUAUGCUUCCGAUGAGCCCAGUGAUCUAACGUUUAACCAAGGUGAUAUAAUUACUGUGACUGCAAUGGAAGGCAAUUGGUGGACUGGUGAAAUAGGAUCUCAGUCAGGAAUAUUUCCUGCUAACUAUGUCAAGAAAAUGGAAGUUCAGGAAGAGUAUGGAGGUAACCUUGAACCUGUUGCUGCCUCAACCUAUACACCAGAGUUGGCUGUGACCCCAGCAGGGGAUGAGAAUACAGCCAAUGACACUGAUGACCAAAAUGAAUUAUCUUACCAGCAGACAUCACAACAAUUACAACCUCAACAGCUUGAUGAUGGCAUGCUCUCUACGGGACAGAAAAUUUCCAAAAAACCUGAAAUAGCUUCUGUGAUUGCUAGCUAUACAGCGACUGGCCCAGAGCAACUGUCUCUGCAACCAGGCCAGUUGAUCCAAGUGCGCAAAAAGAGCCCAAGUGGUUGGUGGGAAGGGGAACUGCAGGCAAGAGGACAAAAGCGAAAAAUUGGCUGGUUUCCUGCAAAUUACGUUAAACUUCUUGGUUCCUCCAGUGCACGCUCAACACCUGAUAUACAGAGUGCUGUAUCAUCUAGCCCACUGCCACAGGUAGCGGGAAGCCGUACAGGCACACCAGCACCUGCAUCCACUCAGCAAUACUUGGAGCAAGUUAUCUGUUUAUAUCCAUACUCGGCUCAAAACAGUGAUGAGCUUACAUUCCAAAAGGAUGACCUAAUAAAUGUAAUCAACAAAGAUGACCCUGAUUGGUGGAAAGGGGAACUAAGUGGUGUAGUAGGUGUGUUCCCAUCUAACUACGUGACAUCUUACAGCGCUCAACAGCAGACUGCAGUAUCCAGCUCUUAUGAUGAACAUGAUAUGGUUGAAGGAAUGUCCGAAGCAGAAGAAAAUUCACGACAACUUGCAAUCCAAGAAUUAUUUGACACUGAGGAAUCUUACAUGCAUGACAUGUCGAUUGUAUACGACGUUUUCCAGAAGCCAUUGCGGGAAAAGGGAGUCCUUACUGAAGAAGAGGAGCAAAUUUUAUUUGUGAACUGGAAUGAACUUAUUAUCUGUAAUACAAAGUUACUCAAAUCUUUGAGAGUUCGACGAAAAGUGAGUGGGCGUCGAAAAAGGAUUAAAACAAUUGGCGACAUCCUCUGUGAAAAUUUUCCACAUUUGAGGCCUUACAUUCGUUUCUGUAGUUGCCAAUUAAAUGCUGGGGUGCUUCUACAGUAUAAAACUGAAAACUGCUCAGAUUUUGUGGAAGUUCAUAAGAUUUGUGUUCAAGACCCUCGUUGUAAAGGGAUGCCUUUAAGCAGUUUUCUCUUGAAACCAAUGCAAAGAAUCACUCGUUAUCCACUUUUAAUAAAAAAGAUUCUGAAACACACUCCUCCACAUCACCCUGAUCAUAUUCACUUAACGGAGGCCCUUUUACAAGGAGAGGAGUUGUGUAACCAAGUGAAUGAAGCUGUACGUGAGAAAGAAAAUUCCAAUUGUUUGGAAUGGAUUCAACAACAUGUCCAGUGUGAUGGAUUGGCUGAAAAAUUAACUUUUAAUUCAGUUACCAAUUCUCUUGGCCCCAGAAAAUUUCUUCAUGCAGGAACUUUGUUUAAAGCAAAAAGCAACAAAGAGCUUGUUGGAUUUCUCUUCAAUGAUGUCCUUUUGUUGGCUCAAUGCACCCGACAACAAAGUUCAACACGGGGACCAUUUGUAUUUGACUGUAAAUCGAAAUCACAGUAUCGAAUGUACAAAACAGUAAGAGAAGAAAUUUAUAUUCAUCCCCAUUCAAGAAAAAAACUAUUAACAAAAUCAGAUUAG